GGGGUCGACAACAUAAAAUAAGCAUUUUGUUUACUUUUUUUUAUACAUAUUUAUAUAUCAAUGUAUUGAAAUGUAUUAAUGUCGUUGCCUCUCUGAAUAUAACUAUUUAAUUAUUUUCUGACUGAUUUGAAUUGUUUUACGGAAAAACAGAACUUUGACCUAUGACGUGAGAGAUAAAAACAACAGAGAUGACCUCUCUCCCCGGCUAGCCUCACUCACUCACCUCACACUUCUGGCUGACAAAUCACCCAUUUAUGAUAUAAUCACGAUCAGAUGAAAUGGAUCAAACCAAACAGGAUGACGACUAUGGAUACAACCUUUUCCCUGACAGAAACACCGCAAAAUCCAAGAAGGCUUUCAUUACUCAAAGCCUGUUCACAUUCAAUCACAAGUGCCAGGUCAUGUUACAGUUCGCGAUGGAAACCAGUCCAUAUGCAAAGCUGCUUCUUAGUGCCAUGAAAAGUUCUGGAUGUACAGUAUAUAAAGACCGGCACUUUUCCUGUGAGGAUUGCGACGGCAGCGUCAGUGGUGGCUUUGACGCAAAUUCGUCUCAAAUCGUUCUGUGUCAGAACAACAUUCACCAGCAGGCCCAUAUGAACCGAGUGGUGACCCACGAGCUCAUCCACGCCUUCGACCACUGCCGAGCCCACGUGGACUGGUUCAACAACUACCGGCACCUGGCCUGCUCCGAGAUCCGUGCAGCUAACCUCAGUGGAGACUGCUCCUUCAGCAGUGAGAUAAACAGGUUUAACUUCGGCUUGAAGAACCACCGCCAGGAGUGCGUCCGGGGCCGCGCCCUGCGCUCCAUCCUCGCCGUCCGGAAGAUCAGCCACGAGGAGGCGGGCAAGAUCGUGGACGAGGUGUUCGACAGCUGCUUCAACGACACCGCCCCGUUCGGCCGCAUCCCCCACACCAACAAGGACGCCAAGUUCGCCACCAGGCACUACGAGAGCCGAGACCGAUACCACGCGAACGUCUAACGCUAACGCCGCCGCCGCGCGCUAAUUUUAACACAUUCUCCGAGGGGUGCUUUGUACAAAGAGACGCUAAGAGGGGAGAUCGGCGAGGCGGGAAGAGGCCCGGUGGAGGGGAGGGGGGGGGGGGGGGAUUCCUCUUAAAAUAUUGGAACAGAGCCGUGUCAGGCCGCCCCAGCUCAAGUUCUCAGAGAUUUGUGAUUGUCUUUUAUUGCUGCAUUUUUUUUUUUUGCUCCUCCUCCAGUGACAACAUUGUCUUUCCUGUAAAUAGAGCAGAUUUAUGUGAGUUAAAUAUUGAUUUCUAUGAUUAUUAUUAUUUUU